CGAUAAAAUCCCCCAGAAGCCCAUCAAGUCGGUGUGAUCAUCACCGCCGGAUUCUCGUCCGCCGAUUUCUUCCGAACGCCGCUGCCGUGCAUCCCGUCCCUGCUUGAAAAAAGCUCAACUCCGCCGGAGUCCGUGCAUAUCCCCGUCGAUUCUCGAGGGAUCCCGGCUGUAUUCGAGGUCCCUGUCAUCGUUUCCCGCCAACUAUACGACUCGUGUAGUGUCCUUCGCGCCCGAUUGUCCCUGUGCCCUCCUCCCAGGGUUGGUGCAUCCGUCCUUCUUAGGAUCUUAGGAGGCAUUUUGGAUGAUCUUCGAAUUACAAAUUAAAAAUGACUUCAAGUAUGCUGACUGGGGAGCGAAGGUUUACUUCUGCUAGGAGAGGUGGCCUCACCGUCCUUGGAAAAGUUGCUGUUCCUAAACCCUUGAACUUACCAAGUCAAAGAUUAGAGAACCAUGGACAGGACCCGGGUGUUGAAAUUGUUCCUAAGGGAACUCUCAGUUGGGGAAGUAAAACAUCAUCGUCGACUCCAAAUGCAUGGACUUCCUCCACAUUGUCCCCAAAUGCUGAUGGUGGCACUAGCUCACCGAGUAGACCAUCUACUGCUGGUAGUGACAAAACACAUGAACCUAGUAUGAGUGCAUGGACAUCCAAUUCUCGGCCAUCUUCGGCCUCUGGUGCACUAUCCUCGAGUCAAGCAUCAUUGACAUCCUUACGCCCGCGAAGCGCAGAGCCUAGGCCUGGCAGCUCACAACUUUCACGUUUUGCAGAAUCCGGCUCAAACAUUCAAACAGCAUGGGGACCUGGUUCUUCUGCAGAGCGAUUGGCGGUUUUAAACGCUAAAAACGACGGCUUUUCUCUAAGCUCUGGGGAUUUUCCUAGUCUUGGUUCUGAAAAAGAUAAUCGCGAGAAGACGAGUGAGCCACAAGAUCAUAACUCUCACGGUGUUCCUAGCUCACCUUCUGGUAAACACUCACAUGACAUGGGGAAGUUUUAUGGAGCUGACCCUGAGCAUGACUUCCAAAACGGAGAAGUUGAUACGUGGAGAAGAGAUGGCCCCCAGCAUGUAGAUAAUGGCACGCACAUGUGGCAAGGGGAUCCCCACCAGUUUUCUAAUUCUGAUGUUCGCCCUCAACAUUUUGAUGCAUGGCAUGGUCCUAUGCCUCCUCCAACUGGUGUUUGGUACAGGGGACAUCCUGGAGCACCUCCUUAUGGACCCCAUGUUGGUCCAGGUGGAUUUCAAUUUGAACAUGAGCGGGAUAUUUCACUUAUGGGCAUGCCUCCGGGGCCUGCUGUUUUGAAUAGAUAUCCAGCGCCAAAUGUUCAAGAUGCAAACCAUUCACAUGCGAGAGCAGCUAGACAUGGCAGUUCCAAUAACACGUUCUUGCAGGAACAAGGAGAACCUGCUCAUCCUGAUUGCGCUCGACAGCCAUAUAAAGUUCUUCUAAAGCAUCAUGAUGAAUGCGAUCGUGGAGUUGGGGGAGAGGACCGAAAAUGGCCCACACCUGCUAUUACUGUACAUGGAGAAAGGAGGUUUCAGCCUGGGGGAAUGAAGAAUGAAUGGGAAGUCUGCAGUAGUGAUGAAGCAAUGAUUGAAAACUCUAAUUUACAGGGUGUUGAUAAUCAAAGAGGUGAUUUUUCAGAUAAUGUCAAAUUCAAAUCUGUAGAAGGUUUGGACAAUGUAAGGACAGCUCCAGACAAUUGGGUUGGAAGAUCAGUAACUACAGAGUCCACUCAUAAAAUGACUAUGCAAAGAGGUCCAGUUUUGGCAGUUGCGGGCAAUGAAUCAAAUUUAAUGAAGAAGAUUGAAGGUUUGAAUGCAAAAGUUCAUGGUCAUGAAAGCCAUUUUGAUCCACGAAGUGACGAACAAAGUAGGGCAUAUGUUAAUGCCAAGGUUGACAAUUUUAUAGGUGAUGAAUCAAGAAGCUCAUCUAAGCAUUUUGAAACCACCCAUGCCUCUGACAUCUCAAGGACAAGCUAUCAUGGAACACAGGGUAGAAGUGAUCAUUAUCCUGCUAAAGCCAAGUUUAAUCAUCAUGACGACGGUUGGCGAAAGCAACCUCUUUCUGCUGAAUGUUCUUCUAUGUGCGCAUCUCAUAGUACUGUACCUUCUUCUAGUGUGCAAAGUAAUAUCUCAUAUCCUCAAAUUGAGGAUAUGAAACAUACCGUAAGUAGUGCACAGGAAAAGGAUGAGAAAGAAUUCAUGCCUGAAUCAUUUGAUGGCCAGACACAGCGUGCUAAAAAGGAAGAGUUGGAGAAGCGUGCCUUACAGCUACGGAAAGAAGAGGAAGAACGUACUAGGGAGCAGAAAGCCAAGGCUCUUGCUAAACUUGAGGAAUUGAAUCGUCGUAUGCAGGGAGGAGAUGAUGCUUCUUCAACUCAGAAGUCUGAAAAGGCCAAGCAAGAGCAAGUACAGUGUGCACUUAUUGAAUCACCUGAUGAACCUCUAUCCACAAAGCCUGAUGACCUUGUUGAAGUAAAUGAGCGCAUCCCCCCUAGCCAGGGAGAUGAAACAGCUGACUUGCAACCUAUGAUUGAGCAGGGACCGACUUUGACACAUCAGCAGGAAUUUGGCCUCGCUGGUCCCAAGCAGCCGACCCUCCCAUUUAAUGACAGGUAUAGUAAGCAAAGGCAGAAUGUCUCCCUCCCUAGCCAGGGUGACGAAACAGCUGUCUUUCAACCUAUGAUCGAACACAACCCAACUUUGACACGUCAAGAAGAUCUCAACACCGCCGGUGCCAAGCAGCCGACCCUCCCAUCCAGUGACAUACAUAAUAAACGUACUACUGGCCACAAGCAAAGGCAGAAUGUUGCCAUUCAUAAAGAUCUGAACAAACCAUCAGCUCCAUCAAUGGAUACUAGUGACCCUCCAAAGAAUUAUACUGAUGCGUCAACCGAUGGUGACAUUCUUGGUGGUGAGUCAAAAAAUCCUAUCGCUAUCAGUACAUUGACAGAGUCCGGUUUGCAACAGAGAAGGAAAGGCAAUAGGAAUGGUAAGAACAAGCAGAAGAUGGAUGACACACGGUCUAUCCCAGCUACUUCACUUCCCACUGCAAUGCAGGCAGACAGUACAACUGGAAAAUCCUCUGAGAAUGAAGUUUUAGUUAUAAGCUCUGUUCAGGCAACAAUGAAGAGUGACAAUGUACUGCAAAUUUCAGAGCCUCACACUCUGAGCAAAGAGGGCCAUGGCAGAGUGAAUGAUCAGCGAAAACCUCAGCACCCUCACAGGAUAUCAAGAAAUCAACGUGGUAAUCGAUUUGGGGAUAAAUCACAUGGAAGUGAUGCUGUCGUGUGGGCUCCCGUGCAACCACAGGCCAAACAUGUUUCUGACGUUGAAUCCAGUCAGAAAAAGGUCCUACCUAAUGAUCAUACUACCCCCACAAUGAGUGACAAUGUGAUGCACCGCAGUAGUCAUGAUAAUUCGAGUAAAAGCAAGCGGGCUGAAAUGGAGAGGUACGUUCCGAAGCCCAUUGCAAAAGAGAUGGCCCAGCAGGCAAGUGGUCAUCAACACCACACGUCACUCACUUUUGGAACUCACACUGUUUCUGUAAAUGCGGACAGUAAAUUAGAUGGUUGGGGGAUGCCUAUUGAUACAGGAGCACAACACGUGUCUUUUGGAACUGUAGAUGAAGUAGGCGGCACUACAGGCAAAGGUAAAUUGAGUUCUUCUACCCGACAAGACUGUGAUAAAAGCACAGUAAAAGCUGCUAGGUCCGAUAAUAGCAGAAACAGUAGAAACAGUGUGACUGGAAGAAAUCACAGUCAACCGGUGGUGGUGCAGGAGACAAAGGAGAUGGACAAAACAGCAGUUGGGGCUAAAGAAAACUGUGUUACUGUGUCUCAAUGGAAACCAAAAUCUUACGUGAAUGCUCCUCCACAUUGUGAAAAUCAGAAUGAAGUUCAGGAUGAGGUUUAUGUGAAACAGCAGCGGGAGGAGCCUAGAAGAGAGGGAAAGCAACAUUCACAGAAGCGGGAGGAGCCUAGAAGAGAGGGAAAGCAACAUUCACAGCAGUGGGAGGAGCCUAGAAGAGAGGGAAAACAACAUUCACAGAAAUGCGAUUAUUACCUCUCCAACAUUCCGUCAAUCAAACUGCACAGCCGUGCUCCGGGACGGACGACGGCAAUGGCGACCGCCGGGUUGGGGUUCUUCUCAUCUCCCCGGCCGCCACGUCAACUCUGUUAUAACUCCAGAUUUAGCCCCCUUUUCAGAAAGGCAUCUCCGCUUUCCCCAAAAGCAACUCGAUUUUCCGCUGCAAAAAAUCUCACUUCAGCGACCGCCUUCCCGGACCACAAACCUGAUCGUUUUAUAGAUGACAAGAAGGUGAUCAUACGGACCAAUAUUUUAGCAUGCCCCAUUUGCUACAAUCACUUUAUUUGGAAUCAUAAGCCACAACCAUCCAUGUAUUCUCUUUCUCAGUCCACUUUAAAGUGCAACACCUGCCAAAAGACAUACUAUGGCAAUGACACGCACAUUGACUUGACAAUUUCUAGUGGUGGCAAGGCUUUUGGGGAAACAAUUGCAGCUUCUACUGAGAUAUUUAGGGUUCCCUUUAUAUCAUUUCUUUAUGAAAGGGGUUGGCGGCAAAGCUUUUCACUAUGGGGUGCUUUUCCUGGCCCAGAAAAAGAGUUUGAGUUGAUGCAAGAUUAUCUUGAACCAGUCAUGGGUGGAAAUAUCAUUGAUGCUAGCUGUGGUAGUGGCUUAUUUUCAAGACUAUUUGCCAAGAGUGGGCAAUUUUCUCUCGUUGUUGCAUUGGACUUUUCAGAGGCCAUGUUGCAGCAGUGUUAUGAAUUCAUAAACCAGGAGGAAAACUUUCCUAAGGAGAAUAUAGUAUUGGUUAGAGCUGAUAUAUCCAGACUUCCAUUUGCAUCAAGCACCGUGGAUGCUGUGCAUGCUGGGGCUGCUUUGCAUUGUUGGCCUUCACCAUCGUCUGCGGUAGCUGAAAUCAGUCGUGUAUUACGGCCUGGAGGGGUAUUUGUUGCCACAACCUACAUUAUGGAUGGAAUCUAUUCCCUCAACCCAUUCUUGAAACCUUUCCGUCAAAGUUUUGCUCAAGUAUCAGGAAGUCACAUAUUCCUGAAUGACAAAGAACUUGAAGAUCUUUGCACUGUCUGUGGACUUGUGGGGUUCAAGUGCAUCAGGAAUGGGCGCUUCAUCAUGCUCUAUGCCAUGAAACCUACUUGAUCAUUGUGGCUAUCAGUCGGUUAAUCUAUUUCAUGGUGUUUCAUAUUUUCCCAUGUGGGCAUAGAAUGAGUUUUUCAUUCAAAAAGAUUGGCAUAAAAUCACAUUAUGUUA